UCUCAGUUUGGCUCGCGCGGUCGCUCCGCACAGUGCGCGCGCAUGUGUAUGUAUACCGAUUUGGCUGGUUCUGUGUGUCGUCGGGCAGUACGUAUAGACAUUACGGGUCACGUUUGAAUCACGCGCGCGCGCGCAAGCUCGCCGGGGAUCUGGAGAGCGUUCCGGGUUGGAGUGAGUGGAGACAUGCAGGUGGGCUGAGGGGACAAUAGGCGGCUCGCGCGGAUUUUAAAAGCUCCUGGAGACUGUUGCUGAUUGCCCCGCCGAGGGACGGGGCCACGCGACAGCAUGGCCCGGCCCACGAGUUCUGGCUGCCUCCUCGUCUUCGCUGCGCUGCUUAUCGGACACUUUCAAGCCUCGUUGCAGCUGGUGAUCAAGAAGGUGGACAUACCGACGUCUGUGCGGGUGGGCGAGGAGUACGUGAUCCUGGACUGCGAUUACGAUCUGGAGAACACCUCGCCGAUGGGCCUCGUGGUCAAGUGGUACCUGAACGGUUACUAUCUCGUGUAUCAAUGGAUUUACGAUAAGGUCCCCGGGGCCCCAGACCCGAUCUCCAAGUACAUCGAUCUCCAGUACAAGGCCAGCAACGAUCCCAACACGAUGUAUCGGGCCAUGAAGCUUAUGCGGCCAGACAUCGACCUAACCGGCAACUACACCUGCCAGAUAUCGACUUUCCAAGACGAGGUCUCCACGACGCGACCCAUGACCGUCUACUCAACCGGCCAGGAGAACGAGUUCAAAUUGCGCUCGAAGAAGACGAAUGAUGGCGUGGAAGUGACGUGUGGCGCCGUGGGGCUGUAUCCUAAGCCGACCCUCGAUAUCACAGUCGAAGGCUUUCCCGAUAUGCAGUCGUCGAGGCCCAUUAUCACGGAAACGCCGGAUGGUCAUUACAAUAUCGAUUCGUACCUCGCUCUCGAAGAUCAGGAUCUUCCAGACUCGGCGGUUAUCAACUGUGUACUCGGGAUACCGAGCGUGAACUACAACGCGACGAAAAAACUCGUCCAUUAUCCAUCAGGAAGGGCUACCACUACCGCUACCGCAAUAACCGCCGGUGACACGACGAAGCUGUUGCGAAAGCUGGAGAUCCAGGCGCUUGACAAUUCACAAGCUGACGCGAGCAGUGGUGGUGGUAACUCGGCCGGCGGAAUGAGGACGAGCGUAUUCGUUAUUCUGAUGAAUGCCGCCGUUUUCAUCCUCCUCGGAUAUUAAAGCGCUUUCGCAGUUUGGACUCGACUAUCAGCAUCACACCAAGGAGUGUUCGAAGGGAAGGAACUUCGAGUCGACCGUUAAUAUUAGCAGCGUACCUCUAGCUAACCAAUUAUGCACCUAAACCAAAAAGAAGAAAGGAUCUACCGAAUCAUCUACGGAGAGGGCAGGGAAUUGUAACGAUUUGCUGGUCGAGUUGUAUUUAUAAAUUGUACAUAUAAAUAGCUAGAAGCGCGUGUGAAUAUGUAAACAAUUAACUGCGAUUCGAUUAUCUACGUAUAUUAUAUAUUAUAUUAGAUCGAUAUGAAGGUAUGCCAAGGAGCACACGAGAAUUAUGGCGCGCAACGCAAGAGUGAGGGGAUAUAUAGAUAGACAAGCGAGAGAAAGAGAGAGAGAGAGAGAGAGAGAGAGAGAGAGAGAGAGAGAGAGAAAGAGUAGCCAGGUUAUUCUUCUAUAUACAGCGCGAUGCGACAAUACUAACGGAAGACGUCGUUAGACUGACGUAGCUCGACGGUAUAAACAAGAGGUGGAAAUGUUUACUCCGUUUCCUAUUGUUAGUGGCGUGUGCACUUCGAAAAUAGCCAGAAAGCAAUAUAGCCGCGAGUUUCAUUUCCGCAUCGCGCACAGCACCAACUGAAGCACGCGGGUUUAAGUGUGCGGACAUGAAAACUGUUUUUUAACGCCGCAAAAUACCUUUCCACGCUUUCGCAGCGAGAAAUAUCUUCUUUUUCUAUUAUUGCUUUUGUUAUACGAUCCAUGUUCAUCACCGCUGUACCAAAAACGUUGAGCAUAAGUUGAUAAUGAUAAUUUUUCCUAGUCUUGCAGCUAAUCACGAUAAUUACUGUACCAAAAUAACGAUCACUACUACUGAAUUUAAUUUCACGUAUAUAUUAUAUAGUAUUAAGUUUAUUAUUACGUUUGAAGAAUAAGGAAUUUUAUGAUUCGAGGAAACGCGUGCAUUGUACUAUACACACGGACACGUACACGUUGCAAAAAAAUUGUACAGUAAAAUAUUAUACACACGAUAUUAUAUUAUAUGCGAAAUGACAAAGAAUUUGUGGAACGCAAGAAUAAGCUAUUUACAUUUUCUUUUAUUUUCAUCGAUUUAAUGUAAUCAAAGGAAUGGGAAUUAAGACCAAUGAUAUUCAACAAUACGUAACGCAUAUACUAUAUCACAAAGAAUGCACGUUGAUAUUUCUUACACCGAAUCACGUUUUGAAUUAUUCCAAAUGAAAAAUCACCAAAGUACGUAUGCCACAGAUUUGUAUUAAAUAUGUAUUGUAACUUAAAUAAAUUCGUGUAAAUAUGAAGAUCCUGUAUAAAAUUAUCAAAUUAUCGUUCUCGGUCGUAUAAGGUAUAAUCACAGAACGUCGACGCUAGCUUUAAUCAUCGUCUGCGUGCGAGAACGUGGGGGGAAAGAAAAUAAGUUUUACGUGUAAAAUAUCGAGAAAAAAGCCGAUGCGUCUAGAGACGAAAUUAAUAUUAUCACGAAAAUAAGGAGUAUAUAUCUAUUGAUGUGUUAGCUUACGUCGAACGUACGUUACAUGAUACAAAGAAAUAAAAGGUUACACUUUUUUAAUAAAUUGCCACUUUGUGGUUUGCGAAACAA